AUGCCUGCUUCACAACUCAAGAGGCUCAAGGCCUCCCUCCGCGACCAGGGCAUAAUUGGGCCUCAGCAAUCGAAAAAGCAGAAAAAGGCAACCGCCAAGGAUGGACGGGCUCGCAACGAGAAGCGCCUGCAGCGCGGCGCUGCCCUCGAGAAUAUUCGAGAGCAAUUCAACCCAUUCCAGUUCAAAACAAACGCCCGAGGUCCAAAAUUCGCUGUGACCACCGAUAAACCCGACCCAAAGAAAGGGAUCGUGGGUCGUCCUGGGAUGGCGAAAGCGCUGGGCGAGGAGAGGAGGAAAGAGACGCUGCUGGUCGAGAUGCAGAGGCGGAAUCGUAUUGGAGGGAUUUUCGACAGACGGUUUGGUGAGGGCGACCCGAGUAUGACCCCAGAGAUGGCGGCCGCACAGCGAUUUGCGCUCGAGAAGCAGAAGACGCACAAGAAGACAUCGAUGUUCGAUUUGGAAGACGACGACGAGCCAGUUCUGACCCACGGGGGCAAGUCCUUUGAGUUCGACGAAGAUGGAGAACUCAAAGAUGACUUCAACGAGGAGUUUUCCGACAGUGGCUCGGAUAUGUCAGAUCUGGAGGAUCACAAUCGCAAGAGACUAAAGCGGUUGCGAGAGCAAGUAGAGGCAAACGAGGAAGGCGAUGAAAAGGAGCCCGAGAAGAAGAAGUCAAAGAAGGAGGUAAUGGAGGAAGUCAUCGCCAAGUCUAAAUUCCACAAAUAUGAACGCCAAGCUGCGAAGGAAGAUGACGAGGACCUCAGAUUAGAGCUGGAUAAGGAGACAGCCGACAUUCGCUCCCUUCUCAUGGGCCAGCGCAUGAAGAAUGGAGAGAAGUCACAUGACGGCACAAAAGACGGCAAUGGAUUGACACCCGUCGCAGCGGUGGAUAGGGAUGCUUUUGAAAAGGAUUACGACCUUGCAGUCAGGAAGAUGACGCAGGACAAGCGGGCAAAGCCGACAAUGAGGACCAAGACAGACGAAGAAAUUGCAGAGAAAGAGGCUGAGCGACUUCGCGAGCUGGAGGAGAAGAGGCUCAAGCGGAUGAGAGGCGAGCAUGUAAGCGACUCGGAAGAAGACGAGGAAAGUGAAGCAGACGCCGACACCGAGGACGACAACGAUGACAACAAACCUGCCUUCGAAAUUAUCCGGACCGAUGGCGAGGAAGUUGAUUUCGGCCUCGGCAAAGGUAUCAAAGUACGUCCAACUGCGACAGAACUUGGGUUCGACGACGAAGAUGAUUUCAUAAUCGAGGACGACUUGAUCGCAGAUGGGUCCGACUUGGGUGACGUUGACGAUGCUGAUUUUACGUCAAGCGAAGAUGAGGGCCAGGCUGCCGAAGAGGAUGACGACGAUGAAUUCACGAAAGGGCUUCUUACAGAAAGCGAAACAAAGGACGCCAUCUUUAGCAAGGAAACAAAUUUGGGCAACGCGGGCGUAACAGAUGACGGCUUGCCAUACACAUUUCCGUGCCCGCAAAGCCAUUCUGAAUUCCUCGACGUUGUGGAGAACAUCCCGUUGUCUAAACAACCGACUGUCAUUCAACGUAUACGAGCAUUAUACCACCCCAAGCUCAGGAGUGAAUAUAAGGAGAAGUUGUGCAACUUCUCCAGAGCUCUGGUGCAGCAUAUCGCCUACCUGGGCACUGUCUCUGGCGACGGUCUGUACGUCACGUUAGAGAGUCUGAUUCGGCAUGUGCAUUCUCUGGCCAAAAUGUUUCCUGUCGAGAUUGCACAGGAGUUCCGCUCGCACAUCGAACAAAUGGGACAUCAGAGACCUUUGACACUGGAGGUUGGGGACUUGUAUAUCUUGACAGCGAUUGGGUCUAUGUUUCCCACCUCGGACCAUUUCCACCAGGUUGCGACGCCGGCGAUGCUCUCAAUGGGGCGUUUCUUGGGCCAGAAAAUUCCGGCUAACCUGGCAGACUAUGCCACUGGAAGUUAUCUGUGCAUCCAGUCCUUGCAGUACCAAAAGCUUGCGAAGCGCUAUGUGCCAGAGGUCAUGAACUUCACAUUGAAUACCAUCUGCGCCCUGGCACCUGAAAAGUCCAAACGGAAGCUUGGCCUGUUCCCCAUACACGAACCAAGUCCUGCGAUACGGACCAAGGGUGCAAAGAAGACUGCGAUCCGCAAGCUUGGCUGCAAUGAUUGCCGAACAUCAGAAGCCGAGCUCUCCGUCGAAACAAAGGUCUCAAUAUUAAGUACAAACAUAUCAUUACUGAUGGCGGCUUCCGAGACAUGGGCGGGGAAGCCUUCCUUCUUCGAGACAUUCGAGCCAGCACUCAGAACAUUGGAAUUCCUCACGUCCAAGCCCAAUCGACCGCAUCUUCCUGACGCACUCCUCCAGGAUGCUGAGAAGCUAGCUGCACACCUCUCUCGUGCUCUCAAGGUUGCGACGCUGUCGCGGAGACCGCUGGAGCUCCACCACCACAAGCCACUCGCCAUCAAAACAUUCAUUCCCAAGUUCGAGGAUGGCUUUGACCCAGAGAAGCACUACGACCCGGACCGGGAGCGGGCGGAAAUGGCCAAGCUGCGGGCGGAGCACAAGAAGGAACGUAAGGGAGCGAUGCGGGAGCUCCGCAAGGACGCAAACUUCUUGGCGCGCGAGAAGCUGCGCCUCAAGAAGGAGAAGGACGCCGCCUACGAGAAGAAGUACAAGAGGCUCGUGGCAGAGAUCCAGGGCGAGGAGGGCCACGCAGCGAACGAGUACGAGAGAGAGCGGCAGAAACGGAAGCAGUCGAAGAACCGGUAG